GUUGCAAAUUACCUUAGACGAUAACUCCAGUCUGUUUGUUUGUUUCCCGGUCCUAGUGUGAUACCAUUUUAAAUGCGAGCUUCAGAUAAGCUCACACGUUGAUGAUGGAAGUAUUGAACAUGAAAGUUGAAUAUUUCUCUGAUGACGGAGAAAAUGCUUUGUUGGGAGUCAAGCUGCUGAAGAGUGAAGAAAUUGAAAGAAUAUCUUCUAGAAUGACAGGAAAUACUGUCUUACUAGGUAAAAGAUGUUCACCUUCCACCUGUGAAUUUGAAGUCGCAAAAGAAGAGCAUGACGAAGUACAAAGGGAAGAUGAGAACACAUUUGUCAAAGUCAAAACUGAACAAAGUGGUGAUUCAACAAAUGAUGAUAUUAUUUCUAAGUUCAAUAAGAGUGAUGAUGAAACUGUUGAUUGUUCACAACAUGAUGUUAUUAGUUUGAAAAAUGAACCAAAAGAGGAGUUUCAACAACUUAACUCUGAGUUAGAAGGCUUAUCGGAGAUAAAAAAUGUCAGAUUUCUGAAAACAAGGAGCAGUGAUGUGUUUGACAUAACUCUGGGAAAUGACCAAAUAAAACCUAAAGUAUCCCACACUGAAGAUAAACCUAAUAGUUGUGUAGUGUGCGGCAAAUGGUUUGGAAGAAGUAGUGAACUUGAAAUACAUUUGAAAACACAUACUGGGGAGAAACCAUACAAUUGUACAGUAUGUGGCAAAGAAUUUCAAAGUACUGGUAAACUUAAAGUUCAUCAGAAGAUACACACACUGGAGAAACCAUACAGUUGUUUAAUCUGUUCUAAAAAAUUUAGAUGCAAUAACCAUCUUAAAAGGCAUCAGUUUACUCACACUGGGGUGAAACCAUACAGUUGUAGACUGUGCUUAAAAAAAUUUGUAAGGACUUAUGAGCUCAAAAUACACAAAAGAAUUCAUACUGGGGAGAAACCUUACAGUUGUGUAGUGUGUGGCAAACAAUUUAUAGAAAACAUAGAACUUAAAAAGCAUGAAAAAAUACACACUGGAGAGAAACCAUACAACUGUGCAGUGUGUGGCAAAGCUUUUCGAUGUAAUAGUAAUUUAAAAUCACAUGAGAGAACACACACUGGGGAGAAGCGAUACAGUUGUGUUGUGUGUAGUAGAAAAUUUGGAAUUAAGAGUGAGCUUAAAAGACAUCAAAUGAUACACAGUGGGGAGAAACCGUACAGUUGUGUAGUGUGUAGUAAAAAGUUCAGAACAAGUGGUCAACUUAAAAUACAUUAUUGUUCACACACUGGGGAGAAACCAUACAGCUGUGCAGUGUGUGGUAAAAAAUUUGGAAGUAAUAGUCUGCUUAACAGACACCAUAAAAUACACACUGGGGAGAAACCAUACAGCUGUGUAGUGUGUGGGAAAGAAUUUGCAAGAAAUUGUUAUCUCAAAUCUCAUCAGAGGACACACACUGGAGAGAAACCAUACAGCUGUGUAGUGUGUGGGAAAAACUUUGUAAGAAAUAGUUACGUCAAAUCUCAUCAGAGGAUACACACUGGGGAGAAACCAUACAGCUGUGCAGUGUGUGGGAAAGAAUACAGAAGUAGCACUUAUCUGAAAUCACACCAGAGAAUACACACCGGAGAGAAACCAUACAGUUGUGUUGUUUGUGGCAAGCAAUUUGGAAGCAGUAGUAAUCUUAAAAGACAUGAGAAGAUACACCUAAUGGAUGUUUAGUGUGUUCUAAAUAUUUUGGAAAUAAUGGUCACCUUAGAUAAUAUUAAUUUAUCCAUAGUUGGUAAAAACAAUAAAGAUGAAUCCCGUGUGAUGGAGAAUGUUAAACAUUAUCUAUAAUUCUUUUACUGUAAACAUUAAAAAAGACAUUUAUUGUGUGUGUUACUAAGAAUUUAAAAGCUAUAUUAACAAUAAAAUAUUUAAAUAGGCAAAUAAAAUCACUAUUGUGCCGAACAUAGCAACAAUGUUGAAUGCUUUGGUAACUGAAAACAAGAUUAUUUAUUCACACUGAGGAAAAACUGUGCAGUUGUAGUGUCCGUAACUUGUAUACAUCAAAUUACUUAAGGAGGAAAUAGUUACAACUGUGAUGUCUUUGGCUAGGUAUUUUAUAGUAAAAGUCAUUAUAGAUUGCAUUACAGUAGAGGUAUGAUACAGUUGUAAUAUCUAUGUCAAUGUAUAGUCAUCUCAGUGUUAGUGUAUAGAUAUCAUAUGGCUAAGUAUUAAGGUAAUACAUAUUUACAAAAUGCCAAAGUAACUGGCCUGAAGAUACCAGGUAAUAGCUGUGUCGGAAGACUUGGACUAUGUAAUAUAGGUAUCAUACAUAUGGUUGGGGGGAAAUCUCCACAUAAUUAUCAACAUUUUGUUUUGUUCAUAGUUAUAAUUUUCAAAUUGUACAUGUUCUAAAUGAAAUACAUAUUUUGUUUUUAAGAUAAAAAAAAUAAUUAACCAUACAGGUAAGAUUUCUGUGGUGAUUUAUUCACUAAGUAAGCUUCAAGUGUUGUUUUUUUAAUUUACUUUUAAUAUCAAACACAUCAGCCAUAUUUAUGAGAACAAUAUUGUUCAGGGUUUACAUUAAUUGAAAUUUUGUCGUGGAAAUUGUUAUUACUAUAACAGAAUGUCGUAGCAAUAUGUUUUCAUUUUUUUAAUAUUACACCAUUUAUUUAAGAAGAGUUGUAAUGUAAGUAUACUGGAACUGGUUGACUAACAUGAUCAACUGGUUAUCUAUGAGCAUGGAGUACAUUGAUUAGUGUUAUGUAGAAUAAUUAAUUAAUGAAAAUAACCAUUAAAUUAAUAAUCAAAAUUAGGUUUUCAGAUUAUUACUGUUUUUGAUUAUUCCAGCUAUAUGAGUCUCGUGAAAAGAAUUGAUUAGUUACACGUAAUUGAUUAAUGAAACUGGUGAUUAAUCAAUAAGCAAAUUACAUUAAUUUUCAAACUAUACUAAACUCUAUAUGACAAUAUCAAUAUUUAAAUAUAGAUCACCAAAAAUCUCUGAGUUGCCCAUAGGUUCAGAGUCGAACUUUGUCACGAGGUUCAGCUUCUGGAAGUCUAUGCAGAAAUGGUUUGAUCUGUCCUUCUUUUUCACGAUUACAACUGGUGAACAGUAUGUUAAAUUUGAAAGCUUGGUGAUUCCAGUUUCCAACAUUGCCUCAAUUUCCUACUUUAUCAGACCUCUCAUUGCAUAAGGCAUCUAAUAGGGCUUGAUUUUGACUGGAUCUCUGGUUGUUGUCUCGAUCUUGUGUUGCACAAUAUCCUUCUUUCCUGGUUUAUCUGUGAAGAUAUCUGUGUACUGACAAAGUAGGUCUUGUAACACCUUUUUUGUGCUUGCCAGCCAAUUCUUUGCUGAUGUUCACAUCUUUGUUUGUUUCAUCUCCACCUAGUGGUCUUAGGUCCAGUAGGUCGUCAUCUUCUAAGACAAAGUCACUGUUUUUUGGUUCUGUAUCUAGGAUGGCCACACCUGCAACAUUCAUUUUUGUUUCAAUAGCUCCACCAUUAGGUCUUCUUUUCUCCCAAAAUACUUUUUCAACAGAUAGGCAUGGUAUUUCUUGGUCUUCACAUUCACUUUGUAGUACAUUCUGUUGAGUACUUCUAAAAGCCCUUUCCAUUGCAGAGUGAGUUUGUUGUAGUCUGUGAGCAGCGGAACUCAGACCUUUUGUCCAACCUGAAAAUGUCGAUCCUUGGCCUUCUUGUCAUAAAAAUGCUUCUGACUAUCUUGAGCUGCAUACAAACUCUGUCAAG